AUGUUCACGACUGUGAGCGCGUGUUAUGACGCUACCUGUGUCAUACUGGUUGACAUACCCAAUUCCAUCGAAGAUGCUCAGGCAAGCGCUUUACGAAUCAAAUCAAGUCCGCCUCCUUUCCAGCCUUACUCAAGCACGGAUCCGAAAGGAGAAAAACUUGCAAAACAUCUGAGUGGAAUUGAUCCCGAUCGGCUCGCCCGAAAACGUCUCCGGGAAGCAGAACUCGUAUCCGCGUUGGCGGUGUGCAGGGCGCGAUUUGGCGGCUAUGGAAUCCCUUGGUGUCUGCCGCGAAACGUGAGCGAGCCCGGAAAAAGGUAUGAUGACUAUGAUGGCAGCAUCAAGGAUGGCCGUAAGGACCAGGCGUUGCGAGUUCCAUUGAUUCUGUCACCCCUCGACGGCGCAAACCGAUUCGAAAAGCAGUCCGAGAUCCAGGAUAUUCUUGUGGUGAAUCCUUCGCCAUCUCAGACACGACUUGAGGUAGGACAAAGCAAAUACUUCAUCCCACCACAGACUGCAUUCGUGAUGUCUUCAGUCAAACAUGGCAUGUACGCGUUCAACGCGCUUGGGAAGAGCUUUGACCUUGUGGUCCUGGACCCUCCAUGGUCAAAUCGCAGCGUGCGCAGGUCUACCGCGUAUAGGACGCACGAGAAUCAGGCUGAGGAUCCUUUUAUCCAAACACUGCCGAUCCUGAAGUCGCAUUUGAAUGCAGAUGGUCUGGUCGCAGUUUGGGUAACGAACAAAGACGCGGUGCAAACAUCUGUGGUUGAGGCACUACUCAGUCUAGACCUCCACCUGAAAGCCGAGUGGACCUGGCUGAAAAUCACGGCUGAGGGUCAGCCGGUGACAAGCAUCCACGGUGUUUGGAGACAACCGUACGAGACCCUCCUGGUUUUCGCUUCAGCUGCAUCGUGCAAAAAUAUUCCGAGAAAAAUCCUACUCGCUGUACCGGACGUGCAUUCUCGGAAGCCAUCGCUGAAGCGGCUGUUUGAGCAGCUUCUUCCUCUCCGCUACGAGGCUCUAGAGCUGUUCGCUCGAAGUCUGACAGCUGGGUGGUGGUCCUGGGGCGAUCAAGUACUCAAGUUUCAAGACGUUGAUCAAUGGGCCGAAUAA